UGGUCAGCGUGGAGUACGGGGGCGUGGUUCUGCCUUAAAAUUCCGGCAGACAUCCGAAAGCAACUCACUCACCGUCAACAUGAUGAAGAUGAAGAGUCUGGUGGCCAUCGCUGUGUUUCUGGAGACGGUCUCUGCGAUCUCUCUCGGGUUGGUGAACACAGAGGGAGGUUUGGUUCGGGGAGAGAACAUCCCUCUGGCGUCCGGCCGCCACAUGGACGUCUUCAGGGGGAUUCCCUUUGCUGACGUCCCUGAAACUUUCAUGAAACCAAAACCUCACCCAGGCUGGGCUGAUGUUCUGGAUGCCACUGCGUUUAAGGACAUUUGCCUCCAGGUGAGCGUCUCCUUUAACACGACCAGAGGCAGCACGGACUGUCUGUACCUCAACAUCUGGGUUCCUCACAACGGCUCAGUGUCCUCUGAUAUGCCGGUCAUGGUCUGGAUCUAUGGCGGCGCCUUCAUGAUUGGAAGCUCGAUGGGUACUCAUAUCCUGAAGUACACUCAGUUCAGCGGGCAGGAGCUGGCCGACAGAGGGAAUGUGAUCGUGGUUUCAAUCGGAUACCGGGUCGGCUCUCUGGGCUUCCUGAGCACUGGAGAACCAGAACUUGCUGGAAACUAUGGUCUUUGGGACCAGCAGGCUGCCAUCGCCUGGGUGCACAGGAACAUCCGUAAAUUCGGAGGAGACCCCGAGAACAUCACAAUCUUCGGGGAGUCUGCAGGCGGAGCCAGUGUCAGCCUCCAGAUUCUGAGUCCUCACAACAAAGGGCUUUUCAAGAGAGCCAUCGCCCAGAGCGGUGUGGCCCUCAGCCCAUGGACCAUCAACAAGAACCCCCGCCUGUACGCUGUGGAGGUUGCUCUGGCGGUCAAUUGCUCCACUGAUGAGCGCAUGGCUUCCUGUUUGAAGGAGAUAGAUCCUGUAGUCCUAACUCUGGCGGGAUCUUUCAAUCUGUCCAGCUGCGCCGGUGAACCCAUUGUCUACCACCUGGAAUUAUCUCCUGUCAUCGAUGGUGACUUCCUGCCGGAUCAUCCGUCCAAGUUGUUCCACAAUGCGGCGGACAUUGAUUUCAUCGCUGGAGUCAACAACAUGGACGGACACGCCUUCACGAGUAUCGAUGUUCCAAGAGUCAACAUCGACCUGUUGCCCGUCCCUGUCGAGGAUGUGGAGAAGCUUCUGGCUGCGUACACUAAGGAUAAGGGUGACGCUGCUUGGCACGCUGCACUUUCACUAUAUAACUCAACCUGGGAACCAACGCCCAGCCAAGAGAGCAUCAAGAAAACCCUCGUUCACAUUGAAACAGACUUCCUCUUCCUGGCUUCUACUCAGGCUGCACUGAAGCUUCAUGCUGACAACGCAAAAACUGGCCGUACCUACUCCUACCUUUUCUCUGAGCCCAGCCAGAUGGCAGGCAUUUUCAGACCUUUCCCUAAGUGGAUGGGAGCCGACCAUACGGACGAUGUGCCUUACGUGUUCGGAAAGCCUUUUACGACAGCAUUGAUGUAUUUAGCCAGCCACCGGGACCUCUCUGGCUACAUGAUCGCCUACUGGACAAACUUCGCCAGAACAGGGGACCCCAACGAAGGAGAACUGAGCGUGCCUGCUACCUGGCCAACAUUCAACAGCACUGGACAGAAGUUUGUGGAGCUCAACUCUAAGAUGGACGAAAGCUAUGUGGGAGAGAAUAUGAGAAUGCCUUUCGUGGAUUUAUGGACCAACGUAAUACACAGCCUCCCCAACAUCAUCCCCGAAUAAAGAUCAUAUGCAUCAGCUGUGCACUUCAGUGUGGACAUGACCAGUGUUCAAUUAUUAUUGGUUUAUGAGAAAAUAAAUGAAUGGCAAACACUA